AUGGAAUACAGUGGGAAGAUUUCAUGGCGAGUCUCCUUAGUUCAUUAUCCUAAACCUGAGGAAUUGGCUAAACCAAGUUUUGGGAGUCUUACUCCUAGCAGUAAGAAAUCUACAGGUUCUAAGAAGAUCAUGUCUCGGUUCACUAGUGCAUCAAAGAACCGCAGUAGCCAAGGUUCGGCGAUUUCACUGGGCCAAAGGAGCGCAGAGCCGACACCCAAACACAUGGGGAAGAGAAAGGAUGAAAGCAGCCUGGGGCACUCAAAUGUAUCAGGCAAGGCCUCGCAAGGAUCUCAGGCUGGAGGCGAGGGGAGCAACUUGGCCUCAGAGAUGCCACAAUCGCCAUCAGAAAAAUCACAGAAGAAGAGGAAGAAGGUUAAGAUCGUGGAGUAG